CCUAUUAUAUAUCUCCCUUCUAGUCCUAUAAUACAGAAAUGACCAAAGAAGAGGAAGUCAACCCUAGCUAGAAGCUAGCCACCAGUCCACCCCUUAGCCCUAAAUUCUCUAACCAAAACAGCAAAACCAGCCACCGGCUAUACCCGGUCACCUGCGCACCCCCUUCUCUUCUCUUAUAUAUGAUCACCCUAGAAGCACCCUAGAAGCCAAGUCUUCUCUGCCAACUGAAAACUUACAUUUCGUUUCCAUUACAAAUACACAAAACACCACCCGUUCUUCCAUCCUCCUCAACAAAGCAUGGUCCGUCGGCUCCGAACAAACUCCGAAGCCGACUCGGACAGCUAUCCGAUACGGCUGAGCUCGAAGGCGAGGUUGCUCGCCUCCGUCUCGGCCCUCAUGGACAUAGCCAGCCGCCUAACCCAUAAGCUCAAGGCCAAGCCUAUGAUCAAGACGUCGUCGUUGAACAGGCCCAAGCAGCUGAUGGCGACCAUAAGCAACAAGGCCAUCACGCUCAUGCACCGGAAGAAGGUGGCCGGCGGCGGUGCGGGACCCAAGGGUGGUGGGGCCCUUGAGGAGGAGGAGUGGGGAGACGGCGGGGUGUGGCAGCGGUCGAUUCUAAUGGGGGACAAGUGCGAGCCGUUGGAUUUCUCGGGCGUAAUAUAUUACGAUAGUAAGGGGCAGCAGCUGAACGGGGCUCCUCUCAGGUCGCCACGUGCGAGUCCCUUGCCUGGGUACCUGGAGAGGGCUCAGAAAAUCUGACCGGAGGUCUCCGUUCCGUAGGUCACAGUCAAUUUUCAAUGUUUAAUUGGAGGUUAGGAGAUUUUAACGUUUUGUUACCAAAUAUGGUUUCCUUCUCUUUUUUUUGGCAUUUUGUUGGUGUGGCAUAAGUAAUUAGUACGCACGCAGUGUUACGCGGUCAUUCCCUUUUGUUUUUUUUCUCUUCUGUUGAAAAGAUGAUCGAAGGUAGGAGUGUGCAAAAUAUGUUACAAACCGGUCAAACUGGCCAAAAUUGACCGAUAAAUAUGGUUUGGUUAGGAUUUUUUAAUUUUAAAAAUUGAAAAUCGGUUCAAUACUGAACCAAACAAUUUAUGAACUGGGUUGGUUAUGUUUCUCU